CUCAGUCUCAGGAUGCUAUCAUCAAACUGCAUCACACGAAUGUGACUCAAAUAUCCGAAUAACUUGUACCACCAGACAUGGCCAACAAAGAUCAACGCAGCGACCAUGGGAAACCGUCGAUCUAUGAGUGUAUCCCUCCAGAAUGGCUCCCAAAGACUUCAAACUCUGCUGACCUUGGAUUUAUAAACUUCUUCCCUCCGAGGCCCUCCGAGGAUGCAGAGGUGCUUACGGAGGCAAAUAUCAAACAUGGAUUUGUGCUCAAGAACGCGAUUCCUGCAGAAACAUAUACUGCCAAGACCAGGCAGAUCAAGGAACUCAAGGAAGGCGAUUUGGUCCAUGAGUUGGAAGACUUUAUGAACCAGAUUUUCCAACGACGCGCGGAAAACUUAGCUCAGAUUCCAUCAUCUACCUUCCGAAUACCCUCUCGAGCUACGUUGAAUGAGACAAAAAGAAAAGCAUGGUUCAGCGAUCUCGCAAAUCCUGACGUUCCUCUGUACAAACUCAGCAAGAGCAUACCGCAUGGUGUUAGAGGAAAUGACCUGCUGGAUACGCUUCACGUAAAUAAUGUUGCGAUCCCGAGAGCGGUGUGGUUUGUUAGGGUAUUCGGAAACAACGAGACGGCUGGAUUGCGAAACAAGCCAAAUUAUAACCCGAUGCAAUACAGCGUUGAAUGGGCGAAUGUCAUGACCGGCUAUCUCAAGAAGCAGUUGUUCGAGAUCGCGCUACCGAGCGCACCGAGGCCAGGUCUAAAUAUCAAGCAAACUUUCAAGGGUGUUCUUGGUGAUCCUGAAUCUCGAGAACGCUGGGUAUCUAAAUUCGCCUACUCAUUAGACCUACUUCGAGCGUUCUAUACGGAGUCCAUGGUUGACCAUACUACAUUCCUUUCAUGGCUUGUUCAGAUAAUGAGCAGCUGUAACCUCGCUCAGGCUGGCUUCAUUGCUCGUCUCGCAGAUGAUUACUUAUCUGAUAUGGGAUCAUGCCGAGCUCUUGUCAAGCCGUUCAUUGACGCCUGCUUGGUAAAGCUACAAGACAUUUCAAAUAGUCCCUCAAAAGAAACGUUAGUCGAUCUUCAAGCGCGGAUUGAAAAUUUGCUUCGGCGUUCCUUCCUCGCGGCACCGACAUCCUUUGUUAGCCCUUCAACAUGGAAAACACACUCAGAAAUCAUCCGGACGGUGCUAACAGGAGAUGACCCUAUCUGGAGUUCUUCCGAAGGACAAACAAAACAAAACCUUCGAUUGCUCAUUCGCGAGACGUUAUUGGAUAUCGAAAAACGAAACGAAGCCAUGUUAUUCAGAUCAAGUGCCCAGCAAGCAAGUGGAUCACUUCGAUCAAUGGUCUCAGACGUCAAGCUCCUGAAUGCUAUCUCAAGCACGACGGAAUUAAGUUCUGUUACGUACUUUGAUCCGCGUAACGAGAAUCAGUCUGUGAACUUCUCCCAAAAGCUUUUCCUACUUCUUUCCUGGAGCGUUUGCUACUUACAAUAUGGAGAUCACCGUCCAUACGCGGCAGCCACCCUGCUGCGCCAUUGGCGCGACAAGGCCGAGGAGCGCGCUUGUAGACGUGAUAUCGCUCCACCUAACGAACUGAUUCAGGAUGGUUUGUUCGACUGGUUGGACAGAGACGAAAAGGCUCGCGACGAACGUAAUCAGUCUAUGGUUUCCCUAUUAUUCGGGGAGUUGAUCCAGAAAGGGCUGUUUUCUUAUGAUCAAUACAUCCAGAGGAUAAUCGCAAGAGGAGAAACGGGCCUGUCGUUCAAUGAGGAACACGGAUCAUGUCACAGAAUGUUUCUUCGAGUCAUUCCCUUGUAUAGGUCAGACCCGGCCCUUGUUAGUCAGCGAAAGUUAGCACUGUAUGGCGUGAGAGCGCGUACCAUUCCGGAAGAUCAAGUCGAGAGAGAUUUGAAGAACCAGCUUAUCGAGAUUCUUCCAGAAGUAUUCAAAGGAGAGGCAGCUCCGAUGCCAAAAUCGUCACUCCCCUCUGAUUCUGUUCUGCGUAAUGCAGUGCGUUACGAACAGAUACGAGUCGUCAAACAAUGGUUCAUGCCGAAUGUUCGGAAGUUUCUCAUGAGCACAAUCGCACAGAUGCCCGAAGACUCGAACACCGUUCUUCGAGUUUAUUGCGUCGUUAUCGAAUGUUUGGACGUCAUGCGUUGUUACAGGACUGCUCUAGAGUUUACUUUGGACGUCCUCAAGAUGACGACAACAACCGAUCUCCUGCUAGCCAUUGUUGAUUACCUUAGGCGUGGCCUUCUGUUAUGGGUCUGCAUGGAUGUCAUGUCUGCAAUUGCUUCAGCCUUGCUAGACGCUCACCAAACAUGGAAAGCACGGGGAAUUCAUAUCAGGUGCCUUGUUAACCUUCUUCUGGACGUGGAUGAUGGAAAGUACCUUGACUGCGUCUCUCGUCAACAUGUCAUAGAGGAGGCGGGUCACUACGCUCAGGUUCUUUGUCCUGUGGACGAAACUGCAGGUCUCGUGCCACAGGAUUUACCUGAGGUAUCUCUGCUGUUACAAGACCAGAAUCCAGACACGCCAUCUAGUCUCGCCAAUUCACUCUGGUAUAAAUAUCGUGCAUCGGCAGAUUGGGCUUAUGUUGUCUGGGUCAACGCUGUUGGACAUCUUAAGCUGAUCCCGACCACGAUCUCAGAUGUCUCUGAACAGCGUGUAUAUGCCCUUCGGUUUGCUAGCUUCCUUCUGCACGUCGAUUUGCAUUCAGCCGACGGUAUUGAUGGUCAUAUACUGGAAUGGUUUGCCGGUCCUGGACUUGACGAAGUCAAACCUCUAUCAUACGAGUCCUGGAACGUCAUCAACAUUGUUUUACUGCAUCUUGCAGUUCAUGGUGCUGUCAAGAUUGCAACUCUUUUGCAUGGCAUCGUCUAUCCAGCAUGGAAAAUAGGUUCUUUGAUAGAAAGUCAGGAGCAAUUCGAAGAAAACCAAGUUUUCUUACGCGCGGCGAACACUUUAUGUCGUCUCUUACUUGUCGAACAGAUCACUGUCUCAGAAAAUGACCUUCCUCCAUCCGACCUGAUGGAAAUGCAAAGACUCAAGACCAGACGAAGAGACGUCUACGCCGAUGGGAACUUUCAAAUUCUCGUUGAGAACGUUCCGGCUUUAGUCUUCAUUGAACACAAUGAACAUGUCGAGGAUACAUUCCGGGAUCAGGUGGCUGAACUUCGCUGCUCACUAUUUUGCAAGGACAAUUUCAGACUUGGAGCAGCACGAAACGUUGGUACAGUCGUUGGAGCCUUCGCGAACCCUUUGUACCCCAAAGCACUUCAAGAGAGUAUGCACGACCCACUAAUACGGGCCUUGCGGCUCAUCUUCAACGACGAGGAAGGCGAUGACCGGACGCACGUAACUUCUCUUCUGAGUCCAUGGAAGCUGUCUGCAACCGCAGCUAUCACUUCCUUUGUGCUCCAGCAAAUCGGUCAGCGAUUGGAGAAUCCGUCUACGCAGGAGCAAGCAAAGGUCGAACUGGCUAAGCUUGCAAGCAGGCUGAUGCAGAAUUCGGUAACGUCACAAGAGGCCGAGUUCGUCUCUGAGAUGGCCAAGGGAGUGAGUGGUGAUGUCGCAGGAGCGUUUGUUAAUAACGGUCUCCGGCGCAUCGCGAGGAUUUUUAGUGAAAUAAAUAUCGACGAACCGGAAGUGUUAGCGACUCUUCCCGCGAAGGCGGGUCAUUUUCUCAACCUUCUAAGCACGAUUAUGCAACCGUUCCGGCACUCAUCCAUGCCGCUCCCGUCGCUCGAUCAGGAAAUCCAGGAUUCCCUGGUUGCGAGCCUGUCGACCAAGCUGUCGGAUCUUGAAGCAGUGAUCCGUAACCGAAUUCAAGAUGACAAGGAGAGACACCGAGUUUCCGCCUUGCUUACCGAUGCGGUUCUCUUCUUAGCCAGGUUGCUUCAAUUUGACCUCGGAUUUCCAGGAGCCUGGACAAAGACGAUGAAAGAUGCAGCUAGCCGGAUCACGGAGACCAUGCUCCGACUUGCUAUUACCUAUGGAAGUCCUUUGACAAACCCCGUUGCGUUCACCUUGUUGCUCGACACUGCAUGUUAUAUCUUUGAUGAGCAACCGAUGGACCCACGUCAUUCUGGUGACCUGUUUCAGCAUUGUCCAUCAACAGAUAGUCUGUUGACCUCAGAGAAUCUACCCACGGAAUUUCAUAAUCUUGUCAGAACACUUGACAAGCACGCUCCGCAAUAUUCACUCACCUCUGACUUGGUAUACGUGUCGAAGGACGCGGAUGGAAACCUUCAGUACGGCUCGCCAGUACAUAUGAGGCCAUGGGAAUGGAUCGAAAGUCUGGGAGAUCCUCCACUGACUGAUACGAAAGAUAUUCAAAAGGAAGCAGAAGAGAAAGAACGCCGAGGGUCUCGGUAUCUUAUACGGAACAAUACUAGCAUACCUCUUGAGAUGUUUGGGGCACGAGUAGUAGGCGAGGGCGUUCGUCAUCUUGAUGCCAAUUCCACAGAACCGAAAAGCAGAAGUGUUGAAGAACUUCGAAAUAUCUUUGAGGAUGACAUUGCCGCGGAAAGUAGUUAUGAGCGAGACUGGAGGGAAAGUCGAGUCGGCCUAGUCGGCUUAGGCGAACUGGCUGAAGGCAGUCGGUCUCGUGGAGAGGCAGACGGUGCACUAGAACAUGCACACCGGAGGGGGACUCCGAGUUCGCGUCAUGGAUCCCCGUCGCUAUCGGUACAUACGAGUCAUGGAGCAAGCACCUCCGCCGCUGGGCCAUCAUCGGCAGCGUCUUCCCUGCGCCGUACGCAGAGUCCAGCACUAACAGGGAAAGGUGAAGCCAUGGAGGUCGAUCCUCCGCCAUCCGCCGGUGGAAGCAUGACUGGAAAACGAAAAGCAUCGUCAGCAGGACUUGAAGACGGAGAGCUCGAUUCUAUUGCAGACGGCAGUUUGAAUAAGGGAAGGGGUAAAGCCACUGCUGAGAAGGGUGUUUCUUCGAAGAUUUUGGGGAGAUCGACCAAGAAGAAAAGAUGA